UUCACUUUAACUUCAGUUUUUUCUAGGAUUUUGUUAUGUAUUGAUGUGUUUACGCUAUGAUGAGCGGCCGCAACCUCUCUCCGAUUUGAAUAAGUGUUUUAUUGUUUGUUUAUAACAAAGUGCUGUGUUGUGUAGUGCAGAAUGGCGAGAUUAACGGAGGAGAUGGUGAUCGCUAGAUCAAAGCAGUCGGACUUAUCUGCUAUAAAGAAGUUGAAUUGUUGGGGUGCAGAGCUCGGCGACGUCAGUCUGCUGAGGAGAAUGCCCAAUGUGGAGGUGCUGGCGUUUAGUAUAAACAAGAUCCGAACGCUAGGCGACUUCGCCGCGUGCCGGCGGCUGCGAGAGCUCUACGUGCGCAAGAACGAGAUCCGCGACCUCGCCGAGAUCCGCCACCUGCGCCACCUGCCGGACCUCACUAGUCUGUGGCUUGACGAGAACCCCUGCACCCUGCAUCCGGAGUACAGAAUGACGGUGCUCAGGAACCUGCCAAACCUGGAAAAGUUGGACAACGUGGCUGUACAUCCCGAAGAGGUGCAAGAGGCGAUGCGGCGCGGCGUGCACAUACCUGACUCUGAUGAUGAAGGGUAUCCGCAGCAGCACGACACAUACAGCCAGUGUCGAAGCCAGCGCUCGUGCGAGUCGAGCCCCGAGCGCGAGCCCGACCAGUUCUACCGCGCGCAGCGGCUCGACCAGGUGCACAACAGCGACGGCUCCGUGGAGGAGGCGCCGGAGCCGCGCUCGCCCACCGCGCCGCAGUGCCCGCUGUCGCCGCUGGGCCGCGCGGCGUCGCCGGAGGACGAGCGGUACGAGCACCCCGCCAUGACCUCCUCGCACUACGAGCCCCGCGGCCCCCGCUCGCCCGACGCGGCCUCCCUGCGGCACUCCGUCUCCGCGCACAGCGUCAAGGACUACGCGUACUCGAACAGCAACGGCGAGUGGCGGCAGUACGGCGCCGCGCCGCACGAGCCCGCCGAGCGAGCCGACCGUGGUUCCUCCAGAAGCGACACAUACUCGGUGCGCGAAUGGGAACGCCCCGAGCGGGCGGAGCGCGGCGAGCGAAGCGAACCGAGAGCGCGCGAGCGAAGCGAACGCGAAUAUCCGUCCGCCGUUAUGGGCGAGAGGCGCGGCUUCACACGGCGACCGGUUGCUAGGAAUUCAAACCUGCUCUCCGCGGUGCUGUGCCUGGUGAAGGAGUUGGAUUAUCCCAGUCUGGAAGUUGCUGAAAUGGCCGUCAGAUGUCGUAUGGAUGAGUUAGCUAACAGCCAGUGACAUAAGGCCACUACUGACUAAAGUUGGCUAAAAACGUGGCUAUGGCUGACUUUAGCUGGAUAACGUUAGCUGUACCUGGCUUAAACCAACUAAAAGUGUGUCAAUUCUGAAAGAAAUGUCAGCCAAUACUCACUUAAUGUAGCUAAACCAGGCUAAUAUUGUCUUGAGAUGACUAAAAUGGACGAAAGUGACGAAGCAUCUAAUGGAUUGUGAUAGUGCUAUUUGUGACCUUACGGACGAGUGUAUAAAGUCGAAAUUUGUGUGAAUAGUGACUAUGUGAUAGAUAUCGCGUUAGGUGGCUAACAGUCAGUUUCAUAACUUCUGGAUAUUCCCAUGAGCUUAUCUGUCAGUUAAAAUGAAAGGUGUUGUCUAAGCUACAAGUGAGUUUACCAGCAAAGCGUGAAACUGGCACUUGAUGUUCAAAUAAUAUAAUGUGUGUGCACAUUUAGGCACCCUAAUUAGCGUUGCGUUGAUAACUUCUGACUUAAUUUAAGAUCAUUUUCACGAUCAAAAUAUGGAAAAAAAAUCAAUAUAUGUAUAGAAUGAAUUUGAAAAGUUAAGAAUGGAUGGUUUAAUGUCGUGGUAUAAUGAAGGUAGUUUAUGUCAAUAUUGUUAUUUACAAUGAAUCACUUAAUGUAUAUGUUACAAACAAAACUCAAAGCCAGUCAAAACACCUUGGCAGCGACCUUUGACCGAUGCCUUCAGUUAAACACUUGAAUGAUUUCUGCAGUGAAGUCAUUUUGACCAGCGGAGUUUUAGUUGUAACAUAUACAACGGUGUGAAAUAUAUGUUUAGACGAGUAAUACAUAAGUUUUGGAUUGAGAUAUCACAUUAUUAUUAAAUAAUUAAAAAAUUAAUAUACACAAUAUUGUGUAUGACUUAUUUUAAUGCUAUUUGGUUAUUUUAAAUGCAGUAUAUGAUUAAUGAAUUAUUUAAUUAUUCACGUAUUUACAAAAUUGUUUAAUAAUGAUAAUAUGUAUACUUGAGGGAACUUAAAAAAUGGCAUGUUAAUGUUAUUAUUGGCUAGCUACACGGGCAAAAGCAAGUUAGCUCACGUGUUUUUCUGGUACAUAAGCUGCUUCACUGCCGAGCAUUAUCAAAACCCGUUCAGUGAUUUUCACGUGAAAGAGUAACAAGCUCACAUACAUAGGACAUUUGGUCAAUAAAAUUCUGCCCCAUGGAGUCUAGGUUUUGAAGUAGUGAAAUCGAAAAAAAAAUAA